AGAAUGCUGGAUUCUCCACUUCUCAUGACUAGAAUCCAAAGGUAUUUGUUCAGUCUGCUCUUAUUUCCAACUUCGUUAACCCAGGCAAGAACAAGAAAGUAAGUAGAAAAACUACUACCUCCUCCUCCACAUACAAUCUUUCUAGUCACAGCACGAGAACGAGUUAUCCAUAUUACUUUUUCUCCUUCACCUUAUCCACCCACCUACUUAGUUGUAUCUCCAAGAAAAUGUCUUCCUUCGUCCGUCAAGCUCUCUACUUCGGAGGAGCCUUGUUGCUUGCUCCUUUGUCUGCUUCCGCUCUCUCCGCGUGUGAAAAGCAGCCGUACAAGGUAGAGUUCUCCCUUGAAAACGAAGGUGGUGCCACUCACUCCGUGAUCGUCGCAGUCACUCCCGAAUGGUCUCCAGAAGGCAGCAAACGUUUCCGCAAGCUGGUCUCUGACGGGUUCUAUGAUGACACAAGAUUUUUCCGCGUCAUCAGAAAUUUCAUGGCUCAGUUUGGAUUGAACGGUGACCCGAAAAAGAACAGUGAAUACCCGAACAUCCAAGACGAUCCUGUGAGGGUAUUGAAUUUUUAGAGAUCCAAGACCUCUUCAACAUCGCAAUCUACAACUUAUACUUGAAUCCUCAACCUCCACAUAAUCCUCCACCUUUGUUAAUCUACCCUGCUCCCUCACGACCUAUAAUGGCAAAAAUCAGUCCGACAUCUCCAACCUUCCGGGACGCAUUACCUUUGCGAAAACUGGCGCGCCGAAUUCGAGAACUACGCAGUUGUUCAUCAACUAUGCCAAUAACGCCAACUUGGACCCUAUGGGCUUCACGCCGUUUGGCGAGAUUGAAGGCGAUUCUGGAGCUAAGGCGAAGGUACUUCUAAUUUCGAGGAACGCGAAAAGUUGCUAGUAGGAAUAUUGGAGUUGAUAGAUUCAGAUACUGUGCUUUAUCUAUGUAAGUAUGUUUGUCUUUGUCUUCCUCUCCGCUAUAUUGUCGAGCUCGCAUAUUUUCAAGAACUGCAACAUUCAAAAUCUAGUCCCUUCACACACAUAUCUUCAUACUCUUAGUACACUGACUCACAGGAACUGGAGAAAUUCAUCUUCAACAUUGGCGAGAGGCCUAACCAAGGUGCUAUUCGGGAACAGGGCAACAGCUACCUCGAUAAGGAUUUCCCGAAGCUGACGAAGAUUAAGAGCGUUAAGAUUAUCGAAGGCGCUGCUUGUGGUGGGGAACAAGAUGACUUGUAGAGCCGCGGAUGCAAAAGCCGGACACGGUGUGAAGCAGAUAAAAAGAAAGAUGAUGUGAACAAAGAACAGGACUACUUAUUGUUAGGUACAACAUAUCUCUAGUAUCUAUCACAUUUGUGGAGACACCCCCAUCAUGACAAAGAUAAGUCGGCAGAGAAAUCUCCCGCACAUUGCGGAACAAUAGAUUCAAGUCGUCAGCGACAGGAGUAAAAAGAGUUGGCGAAGUGUAUCGCUUUCAUACAAGAGCAAUCAACACCCUCAGCCCCAAGCCGAAGCCCGCACAAUUUCCAGAACAUACUUAUGGAUGUGUACUAAAGGACAUGUCACCCCCAACAUAUCUCUAGUAUCUAUCACAUUUGUGGAGAUGUUGGAGACACCCCCAUCAUGACAUCAAAGAUAAGAACGCUCUAGCUGACGAGCUUGAGCAAAAUCAAGAACACGCUCAUGUGAUGGAUCCCUUGUUUCGUUGAACCAAGAUACGACGGUCUCUCUUGUCAGACCGGCACACGGCCGGUCUGACAAGAACAGAAGCCAUGCUGAAGAAAGCAACGCACUCAUUUGCAUCACCG